CUCCAUCUCUCCAUCUCUGCGCUGCUGCCGGCUGCGCAAUCUGCGCACCCAGCUCCGGUGCUAGCCAGGGACCCCGACUCCAGACUCCAGCUGCACGGAUCCUGUCCCAGCGAGAUCGCAGGCAUGUCAUCUGAAAAGUCAGGCCUCCCCGACUCAGUCCCUCACACCUCCCCACCACCCUACAAUGCCCCCCAGCCUCCGGCUGAACCUCCCGCCCCGCCCCCACAGGCAGCCCCUUCCUCGCACCAUCACCAUCAUCACCACUACCACCAGUCCGGCACCGCCACGCUCCCGCGCUUAGGGGCAGGGGGCCUGGCUUCCGGGGCCACCGCUCAGCGUGGUCCCUCGUCCUCUGCCACCUUGCCAAGGCCCCCACACCAUGCUCCGCCCGGCCCCGCCGCCGGGGCGCCCCCACCCGGCUGCGCCACCUUGCCCCGCAUGCCACCCGACCCUUACCUGCAGGAGACUCGCUUUGAGGGCCCACUGCCCCCGCCACCGCCCGCCGCCGCCGCCCCGUCCCCGCCGGCGCCCUCUCAUACUGCCCAGGCCCCGGGCUUCGUGGUGCCCACGCACACGGGAGCGGUGGGCACGCUGCCGCUGGGGGGCUACGUAGCUCCCGGCUACCCCUUGCAGCUGCAGCCUUGCACUGCCUACGUGCCAGUCUACCCGGUGGGCACGCCCUAUGCUGGCGGGACCCCGGGGGGAACGGGAGUAACCUCCACGCUCCCCCCGCCGCCCCAGGGCCCAGGGCUGGCCCUGCUGGAGCCCAGGCGCCCGCCUCACGACUACAUGCCCAUCGCAGUGCUGACCACCAUCUGCUGCUUCUGGCCCACGGGCAUCAUUGCCAUCUUCAAGGCAGUGCAGGUGCGCACGGCCUUGGCCCGCGGAGACAUGGUGUCAGCCGAGAUCGCUUCCCGAGAGGCCCGGAACUUCUCCUUCAUCUCCCUGGCGGUGGGCAUAGCAGCCAUGGUGCUCUGUACCAUCCUCACGGUAGUCAUCAUCAUUGCUGCGCAGCACCACGAGAACUACUGGGAUCCGUAAGGACACCCCUGGCCCAGCCCCACCCUGCGCCCCUCGACCGCCCAAGCGCGUUUUGCCGUCAAGCCCGGGAUCCAAUGGGGCGCCCGACACAUCUGCUUCUGGGGCCACCGGACUUCGUUACAUCCUAAACUAGGCCUCCACGGAAACUCUCGCCUUGCGAGCACGCUCCGAAUCCAGUUCCUCAGGAACCCUGCCAAAACCCACACUAAUAGGGCCUCCGCUUCCUGGGAAUCCCCGCCAAAAGCCGAGCCCUCAGUCGCUCCAGGCCCACACCCCCUCUAAAUGCAGCGCCCCCAGCCGCGCUCCCUCGGCCACUGCUCCCCCAGCCUGGAGAUGGGUCCCUAAAGCCCCGCCUCCUCUAUAGGCUCCGCCCCGGCUCUGACAAAACCCCGCCUCCAGGUCGGCAGGCUCCGCCUUCUUUUCUUCCCUGCGGGGUGAUUCAGUCCGGUGAUUGGGUUUGUGGCGCCAGGUCUCACCUCCAUACCGAUAGACUCCUCCCCUUCUUCUGGCUCAAGAGCCGAGUCUCAGCGUAGCCAUGCCCCCACGCUCACUCCGGGUUUUUUUGAGUACAGUUCCAUCUCUCUUCCACCCCAUCCCUGCCUAUUUUCUUGCUAAUCUCAGAGCUUCUACCUACAUUUGAUUUUUGGGGGAAUGAGAUUUGGGAGGUUCGCAGUUUAUGAACCUUCACCAUGAGAUGAAGAGGACAUCCCCUUCUCUGUAAAUACUCCCUUUCUCCGAUCCCAACUCCUGGGCAGCCGGGCAGGAGGGAACCCAGGGUACAAACCUCCCAAGGUCGGGAGGAAGCCGGCCGCUCCCAACUCCCCUCGAUAGUUCCCUCCUUGUUCUGACCUGUGUGUGAGUGUGUGUGUGUGUGAAUUUCUGAAAGACAAUAUUAAAUAGACUACGUGGAU